AACGCAGGUAAGAAAGCCAAGACAGCAGGUGGGGAACCAGUGUGGUGAACGUAGCCUUGGCUGCAGGGGCAGAGGCUGGACAGACGACAAGGACCCUAAAGAAGCGCACGGACAGCUGGCAGAGAGAGCACUCGACCACCAUGGAAUCACCAGAGGAGCCUGGAGCAUCCAUGGAUGAGAACUACUUCGUGAACUACACUUUCAAAGAUCGGUCGCACUCAGGCCGCGUGGCUCAGGGCAUCAUGAAACUCUGUCUGGAGGAAGAGCUCUUUGCUGAUGUCACCAUUUCAGUGGAAGGCCGGGAGUUUCAGCUCCACAGGCUGGUCCUCUCGGCUCAGAGCUGCUUCUUCCGGUCCAUGUUCACGUCCAACCUGAAAGAGGCCCAUAACCGGGUGAUUGUGCUGCAGGAUGUCAGUGAGUCUGUUUUCCAGCUCCUGGUGGAUUACAUCUACCACGGGACUGUGAAGCUUCGAGCUGAUGAGCUGCAGGAGAUUUAUGAGGUGUCAGACAUGUAUCAGCUGACAUCCCUCUUUGAGGAAUGCUCUCGGUUUUUAGCCCGCACAGUGCAGGUGGGGAACUGCCUUCAAGUGAUGUGGCUGGCAGAUCGGCACAGUGACCCUGAGCUCUAUACUGCUGCCAAGCACUGUGCCAAGGCCCACCUGGCCCAGCUGCAGAGCACAGAGGAAUUUCUCCACUUGCCUCAUCACCUACUCACUGAUAUCAUCUCGGAUGGAGUUCCGUGCUCACAGAACCCAACAGAAGCAAUAGAAGCCUGGAUCAAUUUUAAUAAAGAGGAAAGAGAGGCUUUUGCUGAGUCACUUAGAACUAGCUUGAAGGAAAUUGGGGAGAAUGUGCACAUUUACCUGAUCGGGAAAGAGUCCUCUCGUACCCAUUCCCUGGCUGUGUCCUUGCACUGUGCAGAAGAUGACUCCAUCAGCGUAAGUGGCCAAAACAGCUUGUGCCACCAGAUCACUGCAGCUUGCAAGCAUGGUGGAGACUUGUAUGUGGUGGGAGGGUCCAUCCCACGGCGCAUGUGGAAGUGCAACAACGCCACCGUGGACUGGGAGUGGUGUGCACCUCUGCCCCGGGACCGGCUCCAGCACACCCUGGUGUCUGUGCCCGGGAAAGAUGCCAUCUAUUCCCUCGGUGGAAAAACGCUGCAGGAUACCCUCUCCAAUGCAGUUAUCUAUUACCGGGUAGGAGAUAACGUCUGGACAGAGACAACCCAACUCGAGGUGGCUGUGUCUGGGGCCGCUGGUGCUAACCUCAACGGGAUCAUCUACUUACUGGGUGGGGAGGAGAAUGACCUGGACUUCUUUACCAAGCCUUCCCGACUCAUCCAGUGCUUUGACACAGAGACAGACAAGUGCCACGUGAAGCCCUACGUGCUGCCCUUCGCAGGUCGCAUGCACGCAGCGGUGCAUAAGGACCUGGUGUUCAUCGUGGCCGAAGGGGACUCCCUGGUGUGCUACAAUCCCUUGCUAGACAGCUUUACCCGGCUUUGCCUCCCCGAGGCCUGGAGCUCUGCCCCAUCCCUCUGGAAGAUCGCCAGCUGUAAUGGGAGCAUCUAUGUUUUCCGGGACCGGUAUAAAAAGGGGGAUGCCAACACUUACAAGCUUGACCCUGCCACGUCGGCCAUAACCGUCACCGGGGGCAUCAAGGUGCUGCUGACAAACUUGCAGUUUGUGUUAGCCUAAGGCCGAGUGCGAGAGACCAGCUGCCUUUUUGCUUUUUGUUGUCCCCUUUUCCAGCAUUUACUCAUCAAACUCCCAGUCCCCGCCCUGGAGCACCUGUUAGAAAGGCAGUCCCCUGGCAUGCCCCCCUCAUCCCCCUGAACCCACAGGGGUGUGUGUUUGGGGCUUUUUAGACUGCUGCAGCUCAGCCGGCUCCUGGAACCAAGAGUAGACCGGCUUGUUCUCUGCCACCCGCUUUGGUAACCCUGGGCCUCCUUACAGACGGUGUAAAACCAUCUCUUGUCUGACCGUAGGCACAGCCUCCCUUGUUCCUCAUCAGUGUUAAAUAGAGACUUCCCUGUCCCAAGGCAGAAAGAAAGAUCCUUGAUCUUCCAUUCUUUUCCCUGUAGCCUACGAAGUUGAUUCCCCCCCUUACACACACACACACACACACACACACACACACACAAUCAAUCACGUGUUAUUUUAAAGCAUUGUCCUUCAGGAUUUGGCUGGGAGAAUGAACUCAGCUCAAGGUGUUCUUCACCAGCAACAGUAAACUCUAGAAUUCCAGAUGUUCUGUCUUUUGUAUUCUCAUCUCUGUCACAAAAUGUACAUGUUGGUUUUACUUUCAUAGCCAACUUCAAGGGAUAAGGUGGGGCAGGGGGAUGUUGAAAGCAUUAUUUCUGAUUAAUAACAGAAACUUUUUUUUCAAAGUGAAAUAUAUAAGGUCUCUACUCUUUUAAAAGCUAAGUCAAGAGCUAAUUGUUCAUACAAAUAAAGGUUUUUAAAGGCA